AUGUCUAAUAAUAAAAUAGUAGGACCAGAUACUUCUGGAAUGCCUUAUUUUACAUUAACUGCAAACCUCACUCCACAGGAGCUGGCAAGUGCAUCUACUGCCCUUCUAGAUGCCGUUAAUUCACGACCGAAAUUAACGCAGGCUUAUCGCAUGGAGGUUAAAUUUUUACAAAACUCUGCAGAGUUCAGAAUUUGUCUUGACACUGUAGUGUGGUAUGAUUGUUAUCUUCGAGUAGACCCCGAUCUUAACAAAGUAGUUGAAAUGGCAAGAAAAUACAUAUCAACCACACGGAGAGAAAUCCCUCCUGAUGAAGAUGGACCUUUUGUGAUUGAUUAUCAAGAAAUUGAAAAAGAAAAGGCUUAUAUACGUUGCACAAGACCUCACAAUAUCAAAAAUCCUGAAUCUAAGUGUAAGUACGACCAUCCUACACUAAUAUGCAACGGGAACGUAAUUACACGAGAUGGUCGUGAAACAACUUGCAAUUAUUACUUUCCUUCAAAGCUUACAGUUCAAGAAUUAUCUACAAAAGAGUUUGUUAUAUUAUUGAGACGGGAGCCUAUUAGGGAACUAUUAAUGUUGCCCCUUCCUAUUAAAAAUAAAGAUAAUUUUAACCAUUUUGAUAAUGAGACGUUGGUGAAGAACAGUGAUUUCUGGAGUGACUUGCUGAAACAACAGCAAAGCUUGACUUUUUAUUCAAUAGCGCUUAAUUACGGUCGAUGGGAGACCCAACAGUCACAUGAUAAGUAUGCCCAGGCAUGCCACGCGCAUGUUCACUUAUACUUUAAUAGAGAAACUUGGGAGAGUCUGAAAAAUAUAGUGAAAAGUCGAGAGAUAAUAGCAAAGAUGAACGCCCGAAAAUAUCCCGGGCCAAAUUACUUACUUAAAGACUGUAUGGAACUGGAGCAACAACGUUUACAAUCAGCAGAGCAUCAAAACAUGCUAAAUAUUAAUAAUUCACUCGUUAAUACAAUCAAUAACAAUUUUAAUUCACUCAUUAAUACAAUCAACAACAAUAAUAAUACACUUGUUAAUGCAAUUGAAAAGCUUUCGAAAAAAUUGGAUGUUUAG